UUGAGAAGUGCGAUUGCGGAGUCCACCACGAUGUUCAGCCAUGCGGACUGGUCGCUGUUUGGGUUGGAUGGAAGCAAAACGGCUCGUCAACAACAAACAACAAAUAGCCUUGUACCAGAAGUGUUGCAAUUCUUAGCGCGUUAGGUCACCAUGGAAAAUAAUGGCGUUAGCUUUGAGAGCCUUGUGGAUGAUGUUGACUACUCCCUCGGAGGACAAAGUUCGGAGAGAGCCAGAGCUGAGAGCCGUGCACUCCUAGAGGAGCUGGAUCGUCGUAAAGGAGCGCGUUCGUUGGCGGUGCCUACAGAUGACGCGAAAGUUAGAGUGCGUCUUCGUGAAAUCGGACAACCAAUAACACUCUUUGGAGAACGGGCUCCUGAUCGCCGUGAUCGUCUGAAACAUCACUUGUCACAAAUGAUGGUUGCUGACGGAGAACUUGCCGAAGAUGAAGAGUCUGAGGGAUCCAAAUCUGACGAGGAGGAAGAAUUCUGGACAGCAGGAGGAAAGGACUUGCUCGAAGCUCGGCGAAAAAUUGCAGAACUGUCUCUUCCCAGAGCUCGCGCAAGAUUAGCCCACCAGAGAAUAGAAAGCAAACUUCCACUAAGUCGCACUAUCGAUACGAGGAAGGAAGUGAUUUCCCAACUCAAAACCUUUAGCCAACUAGGAUCUCAAAUUGGCGAUGAACGUUGCAUUUCACAGGCCCGUUUCUCCCCAGAUGGGAAGACACUGGCAACGGGAAGCUGGUCGGGUCACAUCAAGUUGUGGGAUAUCCCCAAUUGUUCUCAGAAGACACACUUCCAAGGCCAUACUGAUCGAGUGGGUGGGAUUGCAUGGCAUCCAAAAGCCACUGUCAGCCUCAGCCCGGAAACUGUGAAUCUCGCCAGCGGAGGCGGGGAUAAAUCUGUUUUGCUAUGGUCACUUACCCUAGACAAGCCACUUUCGAAGCUGCGUGGUCAUGAAGACCGAGUUGUUCGAAUGGCAUUCCAUCCGUCAGGACUAUUUAUUGCCAGUGCUAGCUUUGAUGGUACCUGGAGGCUGUGGGAUAUUUGCCGGGAGUACCCUGUCGAGAUUCUGCGGCAAGAGGGUCACUCAAAGGAGGUUUAUGCCGUCCAAUUCCAGGAUGAUGGAGCGCUUGCGGCUUCCGGUGGACUCGAUGGCAUUGGUCGUGUGUGGGAUCUACGAACUGGCCGCACUGCCAUGGUAUUGGAUGGACAUGCACAGGGAAUAUUCGGAAUUGAUUUUUCUCCAAAUGGUUUUCAAAUAGCGACUGGUUCAGGUGACGAUACUAUCCGAAUAUGGGACAUGAGAUCCUUGAAAGCACUUCACACAGUCCCAGCCCACAAAUCGACGGUCUCAGAUGUCAGAUUCUACAGACAACUGGUGAACCCCUAUUACAAUAUCCUUGACCCAAUACGGGUGCAACAUCUGCAAGGCAAUCCCUACGAACUAAUUACUAAUGGGAUAUACCUUGUGAGCUCGGGCUAUGAUGGGCUUGUAAAGAUCUGGUCUGCAGAUGACUGGCAGUUGGUCAAGGCCAUACCAACGGAUGCAGGCAAGGUGAUGUCUGUUGACAUCUCCCUGGGAGGGGAAUACAUUGCUUCGGGCUCUUGGAACAGGAGUUUCCAGCUUUUCGCACAAGAAUAACUACUGUCGCAACAAACAUAAUGUUCCUGUGUAUUACAUCGCGGAUGGCGCUAUCAAGGUGCCUCAACCGUUUGAUGACUUGAUUUUCUGCAUGAACCCCGAGACGCGACCGAUUUCGGGGACAGUGCCGUCACUUUCCAUCGCAACAAGCAAAUUCUCAAGCAUCUGGGUGGCAAUUGAGUGCAUAAAUUAGUACUUGAGACAACACUCACGGGCUCCACGUUCUCAAGAGGAACACCCGUACACAGGCUAACAAGUUUCUUGCAUUGCAACUCUUUCUCUGCAUUCUGUCCCUUCAUGAAACUCAGUCGGUC